AUGGUGGGUUUGCACAUAAAUAACGUAAAGCCACCAUCAAUUCAUUCGUGUAAAGCUACCUUCGUUUUUCCGCGCCUGUGCAGAGUUUCGACCCGAUCGAAGGAGGCUAGGGUUUAUCUCUCACUUUACCACCAUGCGAGCCAAGUGGAAGAAGAAGAGGAUGAGGAGGCUGAAGAGGAAGCGCCGAAAGAUGAGGCAGAGAUCCAAGUAGAAGCAGAGCAGCAGUGGGCUCGAUCGAGCUCUUACGACGUCGUCUCUGGGUCUUACUCGGUUAUGGCUGCCGUCUAUGUUUUGUUACUUAGAUCGUUUAGGUCCGCUUUUGAAACAUUUGGUAGCGUUUUGCUUAGUUAUUUCACUGUUUUGAGCGUUUAAUUUUGUUUUAUGAGAUGUGGAUAAUGUGAAUCUACUGAAUUGGUCAAGUUAAUCUAUCAUCUUUGGGUUU